AUGGCUAAAAUAAUACAGAGUAACAUGUUAUUCGUCCGUCCCUUUAGUAGUAGUACCCAAUUAUGCUCGCGAAAAUUACGAAAUUUUGAUAAGGCUUUGUCAUUAGAAGAAUUUAUGUUUCGAGCAAAAGUUAAAUCUACAUACAGAAAGCUAGUCAGAAUAAUAUAUCGAACUCAUGAGAGAGAAGAACUUCUAAGAUAUGCUAAGAUUGAAUUUACUAUGAAUAAUCAAGUGUCUGAUUUGUCACAAAGGAGAUACCUUUUAAAUGACGGGGUUAAUAAGAUUAAUCAAAUGUUGGCAAUGAUGAAUUUGCAAGGAAGUAAACUUUCUAACGACUAA